AUGGUGGAAACGAGCGGCUCGACGGUCAAGUUGGAGAAAACCGACUACGAGGUGGAUAGAGCCUUUGACUGGACGGCCUCACAGGUAGAUGUCUAUGCAGCUUUGGGAAAGAAAGUUGUCGAUGGAAUCACGAUUGGACUCAAUGGAACAAUAUUUGCAUACGGACAAACUGGAAGUGGUAAAACGUACACCAUGGUGGGCCCUCCACAAAUUGAUGACUUCUCUACUAUUCAGCCCAACGAUCAAGGCAUAAUUCCAAGAUGCAUCGAUGAUAUCUUCAGUUUCCUCAAAGCCAAGACCGACCAGCUGACCAAAGACAAAUUCCAAAGCGAAGUGCACAUUUGUUAUGUGCAGUUGUAUCAAGAGGAAUGGUAUGACUUGCUGGAUGACGACGUAAAGCUUCAAUUUCGUACAUCGACUAGAUUGAAUGCUAAGCGGUUCAGGGUUACUUCCACAGCGGAGGCUCUGGAGCUUCUUUCCGAAGGAUGGAGUGCAAGAAAGACGGCGGAAACGAAGAUGAACAGAGUAUCGAGUCGAUCCCAUUGCGUGUUUGUGAUUGAGGAUUCGCUUGGCGGAAAAGCGCGCACAUCCAUUGUUGUCACGGUUCAUUCGGGGAAAAGUUAUUUGACGAACAUCAUAUCUUCUUUGCAAUUCGCUCGUGACUGCCGUACGAUUGAAAGCCAUCUUCAAGUUAAUAUGAAAAUUACGGGCAACACAGUGAUGGUUUUGAACAAUAAAGUGAACAACCUGAAUCAACAACUCAAAGAUGCACAAUUAGAAUACGAAACAAUGCUACAAAAUCUUCGAGAAGAAAACCAAAAGUUAAAACAGAUGAUACUGAAACAAAGCCCCGAAAUCGAUGAGGAGAAGUGUAUUGUAGCGUAUGACGGAAUAAGAAAAGCUGCCCUAAAGGAUCAAGCAAAAGCACAAAUGCAGGCUGAAAGUUUGACAAAGCAAUUGGAGGAAAUGCGUAGAAUGACAAGCCGGCUAGAGAGAAACGACCUGGAGAUCACGAAACAAAAUGCAAAUUUGAUCAAGGAGAAGCAAUUAAUUGAGUCACAACUGAUGGCUGUUCAUUCAGCACACAGAAAAACGAUGGAGCUGCUUGACGAUCAGAUAGAAGCCACUUCGCAAUUGUGUGAAAAGAAGGAACAACUUGAGAACCAAAUUAACGAGUUGCGAGUAGCACAUGAAAGAACUGCAGCGGCCUUUGACAAGGAGAAGCAGCUCAACAAAGAUCAAAUGAAAGCGCUCAGAGAAGAACAUCGCAAAGAAACUCAGAAACUCCAGUCUGUGCAUCAACAGGAGUUAGGAAGUUUGCGGGAAAGACGGUUUAAACCAACUGAAAUACAACACGAGGAUCCAAUUCAAGCUCGCGUGAACUCGUUUGCCGACGCUAUGGCAUCCAAGGGGCUCUUCAAAAGCUGUGUGACCGGAUUGGGACAGAAAUACGCACUGUAUGGCACUCGAUCGGUGGAUUAUGGAUAUGAGUUGUGGAUGGUUACUGCGAACACUCGCAACAGCGAAGUGCUUUCACAGCCAAUGAAGUUAACAACUAAGUCGAAGGAUCAAGUGUACAUCUUGUCUCUAAUAGAUGCAUGUAAGCAACAUUUCGCCUCCUGUCCACUACCCAGCUUAUCUCAUCCUCCACCAUUUUGUGUGAUUCCAGUGAAUUCUGAGCUGAUCUCCUUCUCAUUGAUCGAUUUAUUCAAUGACACGGCAAGGCUUUUGCCUGGAGAUGAAGUCUUCGUAACCAACUACUUGACCGAUGGACGCAUUUGGUAUCAUUCUGGGAUCCACAUCGGUGGCGGGUUUUUCUGUCACUUUGUUCCAACAAACGGUUUCAAUCUAACCGAUCUCAACAGCGGUAAAACAGUUCCCGGUGUGGUUAAAUGUGUGUCAACGCUAGGAUUUUACGAGGCUGUUCCAUCAGAGAUCCGUCAAGCUUUCCGCGUCACUCAUCCCAUACUGGUUCGUGAGGGUUUGACGAUUGUCGACCAAGCAAAGCGAUUUAUCGAAGGAGAGGUUUUCAAUGAUUACAACUAUGUGAAUCGCAACUGUCAACAUUUUUCAUCACGUUGUUCAUAUGACCGCGAGUUCAGCUACAAUACCGAAAAGCUCUUCUCUUCCAACGAGUAUGUCUCUUCACAAAAAGUUGGCACAGUCACGCCAAUUGUUCAUCCGAGUUCUGUUGGAACGGAAAGCUGCAGACGGAAUGUUGUCGGAGUUGCCAAAGUCGAACCAAUUGUUCAUUCGAAUUCUGUUGCAACGGAAAGCUGCUUCGAUUCGUCGGUUAAAGAAAAUCAAGAUGAGACCAACCUUGGCAAUUACGUAGAUGAAUCGCAGUAUAUUGGGGGACCGAUGACUCAAUUUGAACACAAAAAUAGACCGUCAAAUAUUGUCUCCAGUGCUACUUAUGAAAUACCUGAUUCCGAAUAUUUUUUCUGUGAAUGCAAUAAACCGUCAAAUUUUGUCUCCAGUUGCCCCAAGAAGGCACUUUAUUCGAAACAUUUUUCACUUUGUGCUAAUCUC